AUGACGACAAUUCCGGUUGACGAGCACCGGUACAAAAGGUUGGCGGGGCACAACAAUAUUAGAAGCUUCACAAAACUUACGCUGGCGAUGGCGAAGGAGACGACCAAAUUGGUGAUGAAUGCCGAAAAGCGUGGACCUUCAGCAUUCUGCAAAGUUUUGAAAGAUUUUUGGAUCUUUAAGGAUCGCAGGGCGGGUGUGUUAGGGGAAUUCAGCACGUUGCAACGCAGAACAGUCCACCAAACACCCGCUGACUCCAAAUUUUAUUUCACCGCGCCGCGACCGGCCGACGCUCGAACGAGCCCGCCUAUCGACCGACGGCACGCUACCAAUUACAGCGUGUGUUCUGAAGCUGAAAGCACGCCGGAUGCGUUGUUCACGACGAUUUGGCUGAUCCAGAGCGGGCUAUAUGGAACUUGGAUUGUGGAGCUGCCAAGUCUUUCGGCCAGC